AUGGGGGCCCUACAGGGGUGCGUGCUGAGCCCCCUCCUGUACUCCCUGUUCACCCAUGACUGCGUGGCUAAGGAGUCACGAUCCUCCAGGGAAGAGCUUCCUCCAGAUCCUUCAGGGAAGAGCUUCCUCCAGAUCCUCCAGGGAAGAGUUUCCUCCAGGGAAGAGCUUCCUCCAGAUCCUCCAGGGAAGAGCUUCCUCCAGAUCCCCCAGGGAAGAGCUUCCUCCAGGGAAGAGCUUCCUCCAGGGAAAGCUUCCUCCAGAUCCUCCAGGGAAGAGCUUCCUCCAGGGAAGAGCUUCCUCCAGAUCCUUCAGGGAAGAGCUUCCUUCAGGGAAGAGCUUCAUCCAGGGAAGAGCUUCCUCCAGGGAAGAGCUUCCUCCAGAUCCUCCAGGGAAGAGCUUCCUCCAGGGAAGAGCUUCCUCCAGAUCCUUCAGGGAAGAGCUUCCUCCAGGGAAGAGCUUCCUCCAGGGAAGAGCUUCCUCCAGAUCCUUCAGGGAAGAGCUUCCUCCAGGGAAGAGCUUCCUCCAGAUCCUUCAGGGAAAGCUUCCUCCAGAUCCUCCAGGGAAGAGCUUCCUCCAGGGAAGAGCUUCCUCCAGAUCCUUCAGGGAAGAGCUUCCUCCAGGGAAGAGCUUCCUCCAGGGAAGAGCUUCCUCCAGAUCCUUCAGGGAAGAACUUCCUCCAGGGAAGAGCUUCCUCCAGGGAAGAGCUUCCUCCAGAUCCUUCAGGGAAGAGCUUCCUCCAGGGAAGAGCUUCCUCCAGGGAAGAGCUUCCUCCAGAUCCUUCAGGGAAGAGCUUCCUCCAGGGAAGAGCUUCCUCCAGAUCCUUCAGGGAAAGCUUCCUCCAGAUCCUCCAGGGAAGAGCUUCCUCCAGGGAAGAGCUUCCUCCAGAUCCUUCAGGGAAGAGCUUCCUCCAGGGAAGAGCUUCCUCCAGGGAAGAGCUUCCUCCAGAUCCUUCAGGGAAGAGCUUCCUCCAGGGAAGAGCUUCCUCCAGGGAAGAGCUUCCUCCAGGGAAGAGCUUCCUCCAGAUCCUUCAGGGAAGAGCUUCCUCCAGGGAAGAGCUUCCUCCAGAUCCUUCAGGGAAAGCUUCCUCCAGAUCCUUCAGGGAAGAAAUUCCUUCAGGGAAGAGCUUCCUCCAGGGAAGAGCUUCCUCCAGGGAAGAGCUUCCUCCAGAUCCUUCAGGGAAGAGCUUCCUUCAGGGAAGUGUUGUGUUGUAUUAUCUAG